AUGCAAGCUCACGAAGAUGCCUUAGCCUUGCUUACGAGCGCCCCUCAAAAGACAACCAAUACGUCAACGGAGAACCUCUUGAGCAUUUACGGCGCGCAAGAGGAUCGUGAUCCAGUGCGCGAGACAUUUGACACAACCCACCGCAAAACGAUUCUGGAAGAGCUUUCGGAUAUUUUGCAACUCCGUGGCCGCCUGCAGCAGAUAGGUGCUACAUUCUCCGACAAUGGAGAGCUGCUGACCUACGGCGACCCAUCAUCACCCCUGGAGUUCGAAGCCAUGGUACGUCUCAGUCCGCUGUAUGAUGAGCAGUGGAGCGCUUUCUUCGUCGACAACUAUGUGCCGCCUGACCAUGGAAGUGCAGAUAAGCAAUUAUGGUCCGGUCUACGUACGCUGAAGAAGCUCCUUCGGAACGAGGGCGUCAUUUUGGCCGGUAGCAUCAGCGGUAUUCUUUUGGGAAUUCAAGCACGAAGUUGCGAAGGCUAUGUUCUGGCGACUCUUCUGGAGGAGGACUCAUCAAGUGAGGACGAUUCAGGAUUCGGCGACGAUGACAUCCAAAAGACAGAGGGAACAGUACUUCUUGAUAUGAACGAAUACCACGAUAUCACCGGUCUGCCUCCAAUGCUGCAUCACCGCAGUAGUAGCACCCCGCACACUAUUGGUUGGAGAUUCAGUGACGAAUCCACGCCACCGCAACGCAAGGACGAAAACUGGAGAUUUAGCGACGAUCGGAGUUCGAUACCGGUAUGGAAGGAUGUCGAACAGGCCAACAUUGGAAAGGCGCAAACUCCGCUGGAGCUAGUGCCGAUGAGCGAGAAUCAUGGUUCCGAGGAGGUCAAUGCAAUGCCAGUUGUGAGCAGAUCAGAAGCAUCACGACCGCCUCUUUCACCGAACUUGAUACUACACGGCCCAUCGCCGCUUCAAGUCAGUCGUAUGGUCUCUAAAACCUCUCGGCCUCCUUUACCAACACCGCUGCAGACUAUGAACACACAGAGCAUAAUACUUCAAGACGGAAUCUCGUCAACUACAGAAGAGAAUAUGCAGACCGAAGAGGUCACGAAGGCGAUCUGGGUCCAAAAGACCGCUAAAGAUGGUACAAAAAGCAAGAAGUUGGGUAAAGUUCGCCGUUGGUUCCGACAUGCUUCCGGUCGGGGACAAGGUAGUGAAAGCCUGGUAGAUUUUGGGUAG